AUGUCUCAAUCAUCACUUGAAAUACAGGCCAAGAACGUCGCCUCAGUCGACGACGUCCUCCAGCUUGCAGAGCACAUUCUUGCUCCGACCAUGGGCGAAGUAGAGCAGACUUUGCGGCCCUAUAUCGUGGCUGUGCUAGAUUGCAUCCUCGAGGAAAUUCCUAAGAACAUCCCAACGGAGCAAGACAACACAACGAAGGGCUUGGAUGAGAGCGCGCAUACCUUCAGCCUGGAGGAUACUCCCGAGAUUGUGGAGAGAUUCAAGAACUUCAUCCUUCGGUUUGAGAUGAUCGAUAGGCUGGCCCAACAGCCCGGAUAUAACGCGCAGGCUGAGAAACGGCAAAUCGAGGCCUAUGUAGAGGCUGGCCACCUCAAGGUGCUCAUGGGCCGCGUCUUUGACGCCAUCAUCUCGGAUGCCCACGGGCAACUAUCGCCUCAGACAUCUACCCAAACCGUAAAAUUGGCGAUAUCUCGAGACAAGAUUCACCGGCGGGGCAGUGUUGAGGGCUGGCCCAUGCCCCGCCUGGCUAGAGAGAAUGCCGACGUUGGUAAAGGCACGGUAGUGUCUUCUGUGCAUUCGCAUGGAGAAGGUGCCACUAUUGAUGGAAACACGGAUGCCUCUGAGGUACUCGAGCAGAAGGGUGCAAAUCACCUAUUCUUCAUAAAAGGUUGA